AUGGCGACAAGGCGCACGGCGCUCCAGCGCCCCCGCACGGCGGCCGCAGCCGUGGCCAGGGGUCGCGCGCGGCCAGCUGCGCGGUGUACGGGUGUGGAGACUUCGACCCGUCCCAGGACCGACUGCCAGUGCAACCCGGACUGCGAGGAGCACCACAGCUGCUGCCCAGACUUCCACGAACACUGCGCUCACGGCCACGGCCACAGCCACGACCAGUCGCCUCCGGCGCACGGGCGACAGGACGCUCCCGCUCGGUCGGGCGGGCACGCAGGCGGCGCCGGGCAGGGCCCUCGCGGGCACCACGCCGGAGGGGCCCGGGAGGCCCCCCCGGGGAUCGAGAACCCGGACGCCAACUGCAGGGCCUUCGGCUGCCUCCAGUUCUUCUAG